AUGAUCGACCAGGUGCGCAAGUACAAGCUUGAUCCUAUUCCACGAGGAAAUCUUACAGGGGUAGUGAACCGAAAUCUAAACCGUGACGAUUGUGAAAAUAUAGAAUGGACUGCCCUUCCGAAAGCAACCCGAAUGAAGCCUCCUCCGAAAGCCAUCGCCGUUAUUGUUGAUGUCAUAGAAAGCCAAGGUGCCAUCCACAUCACCGACGAUGACGGAUCAUACAUUGAUAUGGUAGGAACUGAAUUUGCUGGCCAUUUGGUGCUUGUCCCGUGGGAUAAAAGCUGGUUUUUGAGGGGAUCUGGAUCGAUUGAAGUGGGAUAUGUUAUCGUUUAG